GGUAUUUAAACGCGCUGCGCUCACAAUCUUGAUACGAGUGGCUGAUUGAAAACACGCGGUGUAGGUAGAGGCGUUACAUAGUCAUAGAUAGCUGUUGCAGGUGGAUUUUCUUCUAGAUACAGACCGAUUUGACCUUGAAUUAGAAUGUUAGACACGUAUCUUCUCCAAUUGAGUGUCCUCUUUGCCAUUGCCCUGACUGCCAUCUAUGUGUACUUCAAAGCAGCGUUCUCAUACUGGCAGAAGCGUGGUGUGCCCUCUUUGAAACCGAAGCCACCAUUCGGGGAUCUUGGUGACGCAAUAUUCAGAGGAAAGAGUGUUCGGCAAGCAGUCACUAUACUUUACAAAGAGUUUGAUGGACAGAAAUUUGGAGGAAUAUACAAUUUUGCUAGUCCAACGCUACUCCUGCGGGACCCCGAAAUUAUGAAGGUUGUUUUGGUUCAAGAUUUUGAUAAGUUUCACAGCCGCGGAAUGCUAAUAAAUGAAGAGAGGGAUCCCUUACAGGGUAACUUGGUUACUUUGUCUGGAUCAAAAUGGAAAAAUCUAAGGGUCAAACUGACUCCAACGUUCACAUCCGGGAAGAUGAAGAUGAUGUUUGGAACUCUGGUAGACUGUGGAAGGGAACUCCAACUUUGUCUUGAGCCACUUGCCCAUAAGGGAGAAACAGUUGAGGUAAAGGAUGUCCUCGCAAGAUACAGCACAGAUAUCAUAGCUUCCUGCGCGUUUGGCAUUCAGUGCAACUGUCUGAAGAACCCCGAUGCUGACUUCCGUAAAUGGGGGAGAAAAAUUUUGGAACCUACUUUGAUGAGAAGACUCGCCCGAAUUGUACAAUUUGCUUUUCCGUCAUUGGCGCUUCGGUUGAGGCUCGAAACACCUCCAGACGAUAUCAGCAACUAUUUCAUCAACAUGGUGAAGAACACAGUGGAAUACCGCGAAACGAACGGAGUCAAGAGGAAUGAUUUCAUGGAUCUCAUGAUACAACUGAAAAAUAAAACACUGGAGGUGCCUGAAGGAGAAGACAGCGCUCUCGGAAACCUGGAUAUAGACGACAUGAAAACUAACGCUCCAUUUGGUAAGCGUAACCAUUAUCUCACUUUCUGA